AUGCCAAAUUGUAACAGCAAACAGCAAAACAGCACGCUUGGCGUAUGUGCUAAUCUGCUCCACGACAUACAUAAAAGCGCGAGCUUCUGCUGUUUGCGUCUGCAAUUUGACAUUUCUAUCGGGCGAGAUAUUAUAUUUAUACAGUGGAAGCAAAAAGUAGUGAAUAGUGAAUAUCGAUACAACAUAAAGCAAAAAAUGGCAGAUAGAAAAACCAAGAGACAAUCUGGAGCGUUUUACAAAAAGAAGCGAGCAAAAAAAGCAAACGAACAGCAGCAAUUAAAAGGAGCUCUAGAAAAAUUUCUUGAAUCUGAUCAAGAAAAUUCUUCAUCAGUUUUAUUAUUUGAAAAUCCCGAAAAUGUUCCAAUAACAGCUGAUGUUGAUUUUCCUGUUCCUCAAACUGAAAACACAGUACCAGAUACGGAUGUCGAUGGAAAAAUGGAUACUGACGUAGAAGCAUCUUCAGAAAAGGAUGAAAUUCAAGAUCAAGUAAAAUACGAAGUUCUUGGAAAUGAAGAUGAUUCCAUAUCUAUGUUAGAUUUAAAUGACCCAGGUACUUGGCCUAAUAUCAUACCAAACAAAUGUAUCGAAACAUUAGUAGAAAUAGGGCCUGUUCAUAUAGAUAAUAAUUAUAAAUUUCCUGUAGAUGAAAAAACUGGUAGAAAGUUUAAUAUUUUAUAUUUUAACAAAAUUAUGGAAAACGGAGAAAAAGUUAAAAGAAAUUGGCUUGUUUAUUCUAUAAAAUUAAACCGUGUUUUCUGUUUUCCUUGUAAGUUAUUUAGCAGAGAAAACAUAAAAAUAAUUAAUGAUGGAUAUUCUGAUUGGCGGCAUUGUUCUGAAUAUUUCAAUAAACAUGAAACUGGUAUUCAACAUAUUCAAUGUGUAAAGAAGUGGUGUGAAUUAAAAUUACGACUAGAUAAAAAAUGCACAAUUGACAAGGUAGAAAAAAAUUUAUUUGACAUUGAAAAGGAGCGCUGGAGAGCUAUAAUUAAAAGAAUGAUUGCAAUUGUACAAUUUUUAGCUGGUCAAUGUCUGGCUUUUAGAGGAACAAAUUCGCAAGUAUACGAACGAAAUAAUGGUAAUUUUUUAAAGGCUGUUGAGAUGAUUGCUAAAUUCGAUUCUGUUAUGUUAGAUCACUUAAAUAAUGUUAAAAAGUCAAAAGAACUUAAAACUCAUAUGCCACAUUACUUAGGAAAUCAUUUCCAAAACGAAAUAAUACACUUAUUAGCUGGAGGUAUUAAAAAAGAAAUAAUGCGGAUUGUGCAAUCUUCUAAAUAUUUUUCUAUUAUACUUGACUGUACACCAGAUGUUAGCCAUACCGAACAAAUUACAUUUAUUGUAAGGUGUGUAAAUAUAAAUAUGUCAAAUAAAGAAGUUGACAUACACGAGUUUUUUUUGGAUUUUUAUCCUGUCACAGAUACUACUGGUGAAGGAUUGUAUAACUUCCUAUUAGAAAAAUUAUCAAAUUAUGAGUUAGAUGUUCAAAAUAUUAGAGGACAAGGUUACGACAACGGAUCCAAUAUGAGAGGUAAAAAUAUUGGCCUUCAAAAGCGCAUCUUAGACAUCAAUCCAAGAGCACUCUUUGUUCCUUGUAAUGCUCAUACUUUGAAUUUGGUCGUAAGUGAUGCAGCAAAUAGUAGCGGGAAAUGCAUGCACAAGCAAGAAAGUGUGGAAGCAAACACUACCUUGACCGCUGGGCUUUUAUGGCGAUCGAACAGACUUUUGCGAGAGAAAAGCGGCUGCGCAGCGACAAAAGGUCGCAACGUUGUAUGGGUCCUGAGCCCAGAAUGGGACCUUAGAGCUACUAGAGAAUUUUGGGGACAAAACGAAGGGGGUCGAGGCCUACAGUUAUCGAUAAAAAUUCCACCUUGCCUUGUGAAACGAUUUGAUGACUUCGGUCACCGAAAUUAUACAUGUAUCGACAAGAUCUAUUGCUAA